AUUAUAGCAGCGGGGGCUCGGACACCGACACAAGAUCCCGGGAGUGUGGCCGGUUGUUGCUGCUUCCGUCACCGCCUCAUGACAGCGGCACGUUGGGGGGUGUGAUGCGUGAGACGCCCGGAGAGGCUCGCACACGGACAGCGCCAUUAACCCGGGUUAAAGCCUCUGUGGAGGACCUGGCAGCCGUGAAGACUUGACUGACUUCAGGCACAAGAAGAAGAAGAAGACCCUGCCUUGUUUUUAAAUGUCACUGUGUCCUGAAAACUGCAGACUUCAGACCCAAGCAAUAGCACUUCAUUAGGCCACCACCAGGAGUGAGGGGGGAGAUACAGGCUUUUACUACACUUCACCAAACAGACAUCAUGUCUUCCAGGGAGCGUCGAACAGAUGUCUACAUAAAGGCAGAACCGAGUAGUCCAGAGGGAGGUGGGGGAGGCCGCACCAGCCCCGGCGGAGCCUCGUCAGACUCGUCUCAAAGCGGAACCAGAGGAGACGGCACUAAACGUUACUCUCCGCCGCUGUACACACCAGCGCUGCGUUGUCACUUUAAAGACGAGGUCGGCGACGGAGCAGAGGAGGGCUCUGCCGGCAACGGAGCGGGGCGAUGCAAGUACGCCCUGAGCACGUUACCCAAGAGGCUCUGUUUAGUAUGUGGAGACGUGGCCUCAGGUUACCACUAUGGUGUGGCAUCAUGUGAGGCCUGCAAGGCCUUCUUCAAGAGAACCAUCCAAGGCUUCAGAACACGGUCAAUACAACCACACCAAGUUUAUACAGGUAACAUUGAAUACAGCUGUCCAGCAUCAAAUGAGUGUGAGAUCACUAAAAGGCGCAGAAAGGCUUGCCAGGCAUGCCGCUUCACCAAGUGCCUCAAAGUAGGCAUGCUGAAGGAGGGAGUUCGUCUGGACAGGGUGCGGGGGGGAAGACAGAAGUACAAGAGGCGCCCAGAAGUGGAUAACGCAACAUACCAGAAUGCCCCUCUACCACUGACAAAGGAGAGUGAAAAAGGUUCCUCCAACAUCAUUGUGUCCCACCUCUUAGUGGCAGAGCCAGAGAAGUUAUUUGCCAUGCCCGACCCCCUGCAGCCUGACACAGCCCAGCGGACGCUCACCACCCUGUGUGACCUUGCUGACCGCGAGCUGGUCGUCAUCAUCGGUUGGGCAAAACACAUUCCAGGCUUUCUGUCGCUCUCCCUAGCAGACCAGAUGUCUGUGCUGCAGUCGGUGUGGCUGGAGGUGUUGGUACUGGGUGUAGCGUACCGCUCGCUUGGCUGUGAGGACGAGGUGGUGUUUGCAGAGGAUUUUGUCCUUGAUGAGGAGAUGUCACGCGUCGCUGGACUCACAGAGCUGAAUGGAGCAAUUAGUCAACUCGCUCGCCGUUUCCGUUCUCUUAAUGUGGACCGGGAAGAAUUCGUCAUGCUAAAAGCCAUCGCACUGACCAACUCAGACUCUGUUUACAUCGAGGACAUGGAUGCUGUGCAGAAGCUGCGGGACCUUCUCCACCAGGCCCUGCUGGAGCUGGAAUGUCAGCGGCGCCCAGACGACGGCCAGCGGGCUGGACGCCUCCUUUUAACAUUGCCUCUCCUCCGACAAACUGCUGGUCGAGCUCUCACCACUUUCUACAGCAUCAAGACACGAGGAGGUGUACCCAUGCACAAACUAUUCCUUGAGAUGCUGGAAGCCAUGAUGGACUCUCCCUAGAGCCGCAAGCAGCAGACGUAAAGAGGAUGCUUGUAAAGACCCAACAGAGAUGUAAUCUUCAAGAGAGGAUGAAUCAGAGGACGGUUUUGGUAGAGAAUUAAUGAGAGAAAUGGUACUUUUUUAUCCUUUAGGCAACAUGAAGAAAGAAAAAGAAUAUUACUUGAGAAAAACCUCAUGUAUUGUCUCUAAGUGGGAAUGCGCUACUUAGAGUAAGAUGUAACUGCCAAACUUUUGUUCAAGGCUUCAAGAUCCCAGAGUGCAAACAUUAAACAUCAACGCCAGAAUACUUUGCAGUUAUUUUCGCGGAGCGUUCCAUCACAGUCUGCAGUUGCAUAUCCACUGAAGAACAACACUUACAGUAGGUACUGAGAACAGACUGCAGUCAUGUGGUUCCUGAACUUUAAAAAAAAUACAUACUGCUACUGCAUCUACUUGUGAAAGCCAUGACAAAAUAUCCGGACAGAGGACUUGAGGGUUCAGUAUAGUGUUGGAUUGAUGUGCACAUGGGGGUGCUUUUACUCACUAUACUUUAGUGUGCCGUUGUAGGCAAAUUCAUAGGAAUUACUUGCAAUAUGUUAAAAGCAAUAUAAUGACUUGAUUAUUGUCUGUCACGAAUUUAAAAUGUGGAUAAAUUGGUGAGACAUCUACGUGUGUGUGUGCGUGUGUGUGUGUGUGUAUAUCAGUAGUUCUCCAUUCUCAGGACCCCAGGUGCUUUAGUCUAGUGAAGCCUGAUUUUGGUAGGGGGGGGGGUGUCGGGUGAGUAGACUUAGAAACCUUCAAAUCUUUUUAAAAAUGGCACUUUGGGGGUUGAAUACUGGAAUUGAGAAUCACUGGUGUACAUAGUAGGUGCAGGAUUCUUUGUGUGAGGCUGUGCAAUUGAUUUGUAGUGCAGGGGACUUGCAUAUGAAGAUUGUGUGCUCAUAAAAAAGCUCAACUCGGAAGGUCAUAUGUUCAGUGUUGUAUGUAAGUCCUUUUGGCACAGAAAGAACUGGCCUCCAUACGAACAAGCGUGUGUGAACGUGUGCAGUCAAAACCAAUGAGCUACACUGAGAUCAGGGAAGAACACAGCUCUGACGUGAAAGCCAGUGUGGCAACAUUAGUGGUUAGAAAAGAAAUGCAUUUGCUUUUUUCUUUUUUAUACUGUCCUCCACUAGAUCUAACCACUAUUUUUGUCUGUUGUUCAAAAAUAAUGGUCUGACCUGUUUGAAUUGUGGGCUAUGAUAUAUAACACUAACCCAUGUGUUUGAUUUUUUUAGGGUUAUGAUGAGACUGCUUUUUCUGCAGCAGUGAAGAUCAUUGCAUAAAAAGUUCCCGCCUUUGUGUAUGUACAUGUGUUGAACUUUGAACUUGUUAGUGCCCAUCAAGGGCUCGAGGCAACAUGAAAUGCAACAUAUGCAACAUCUUCCUUUUUGGAUGUUGAAAUCAUGUCCGACAACAUUCUUUAAGUCAUUGUGAUUCAGCAGGUUUGUAUACUUACAGUAUAAAGAAUCCUUAUAUUCAGCUUCACAUGCAAUGCAAAAGCUACAGAAUCUGAUGUCCAAAAUCAGAUCCCAAAAAAUAUUAAGUGUCCAAAGGGCCAUGAAUCUUUUAGCCAUGUACAGUUCCAUUCAAAUAGACAGAAACAUGCAGUUUGUAGUGAAAGAUAACAAUGCCAGCAAGUGUUAUUCUACAAAUUCCCCCAGAGCAGUUAUAUUUGUGCAGCUCGCAGCGUGCACAAAUUUGUAAAGACUUGAAAACUCCUUUUUUCAUACAUGUUCCUUUCUAGGAUUUAAGGGUAUUUUAUUUACAUUUUGACACUGUUGUGGGUUUGGAAGGUUUCCAUUCAUGAUGUUUUUGAAUGCUUAUUAUUUUUAUUUUUUUUAAUGUAAGCAGUUGUCAUUUAGGGAUCAAUUUACAUGGCUAUAGAUCCAGCUGCUUGGUGAGGCUACAGAGGGGCUACCUCAUGAGGAAGAGAACGUGGCCAAGUAACUGUGUGAACACGUGUUAAAUCUUCAUCUUGUCCAGUUAAAUUUGAAUAUUAGGUUUAUUAAAUGUCGUGCAGUUUGUGCUAAAGCCUGAGAUCAUUUGUCUUUGACUUGCUUUCAAGGUGUAUACGGCUGAUUAAUCUCACUUUAUAAGAUGCCCUGUGGUUAAAAAAAGAAAGCAAAAAAGGUGUCUGCUGCUGGGGAGGCAACCCGACAGCUGAUGUGGUUUCCCCAGGAUUAAUGGUGCAGCUGGAAAACACUGGAGGUCACUUGCAGCAGUUCAAAUUGAAAACGGUUCAUUGUGUCUCACACAGCCACAGAUACACGACUGAGCGGGGAUUGACCUAUCUGGCAAAAUUUGAUUCUUAUACUCCCAUCUGCUUUUUAUUUUCAUCAGUUACAGCUAAUAUGAAACGUCUUUGGUCUGCGAUUUGUUUAUUAACCUAAUUUCUCUAUUAGUGAUCAGAUAUCUGAAGCAAACAAAUAAAUAUAGGUCGGGCUUUUAAAACUUUUUCAUUUUCCUAAAGGUGAAUCUUUUUUUCAUUAGCUUACAAAGACAUUUUCGGUACGGUCGGUUACGGUGAAGAGGGGAUCAUUUGCAGUGACGCUGUUCAAAUUAUACAGACAUUUGUAGUUUCUAUUAAAUAUGUGUGCAUUAAUAUAAAUGAGCAAUACAAUAAAUUACCAAACCUCACACAUUUCCUUGUAUAGCCACAGUGUACAUUUAACAUUGCCAGUUAUAAAGAAGAAUAGCUACUUAACGUUAUAUUAUUUAGACGUUCAAAUCAAUGUUUGUAUUUUGAAAGACUAUUUAAAUGAUUAAAUUCUAUUUUUUACUCAAUUUACUGUUGUUUGUUGACACUGCUUUAUUUUUGUGUGUGAUAUUGGCUGUGAAUCUCUGUGUGUAGGCUACUUUUUUUCCUUUUAGAGAAAAACAGUUUGAUGUCCUUGUCUAAACAUGUCCACAUUAAAAAAAAAUCACUGUGAAAAAAAAAGUGAGAUCCUCCGCUCUCUGUCCCCACAGGGCGUGGAUAUUGUAGGUGCUUUGUGUUGUGUAAUAAACGGACACACCACCACCAC